AUGGGUGAGGGCAGCGAAAAGAAAAAGAAGACCCUGCAUAAAGCUCUCGUAUUGACUCUAUUAUUCAUGUUCCAGUGGUGCAGAUAUCUUUACAAUUUAGUGGUUUUGUGCUUUUUUUUCCGUGCCGAUAGCGCUCUUGCAAAUGUGGUGAAUGUUCCUAAAAUCCACCGGACUUUCUGGAAGAAGUGUGGCAAGCACCAAGCCCACAAAGUGACACAGUACAAGAAAGGCAAAGAUUCUCUUUAUGCCCAGGGAAAGCGGUGUUAUGACAGGAAGCAGCGUGGCUAUGGUGGGCAGACUAAGCUGAUUUUCCAGAAAAAGGCUAAAACUACAAAGAAUAUUGUGCUGAGGCUUGAAUGUGUCAAGACCAACUGCAGAUCUAAGAGAAUGCUGGCUAUUAAGAGAUGCAAGCAUUUUGAACUGGGAGGAGAUAAGAGAAAGGGCCAAGUGAUCCAGUUCUAAGCUUUGUAUUUUGUUACAUUAUGAAGACAGUAAAAUCUUGAGGUUAU